CCUUGAGUGACGGACUCGCCGACACUCAGGAAGCAGAGGGCAGCACAGAAUUUGGCUUCCCGGUCACGGCUGCUCCCCACCCCUUCCUGAUGCCGGGCUCAGUUCCGGCUGCCGCCGCCGCCGCCACCAGGAUGAUCCCGCCGGUGCAGGUCUCCCCGCUCAUCAAGUUCACCCGGUACUCGGCGCUGCUCGUGGGGAUGAUCUACGGCAAGAAGCGAUACGACUACCUGAAGCCGAUUGCUGAAGAAGAGAGAAGAAUAGAGGCGGAGGAGAAAAAGAAACGUGAAGAACUGGAGCGAAUUGCAAAAGAGAUUGCAGAAGCAAGUGAAGAUUCCAUACUGAAAUAAACAACGGAUUUCAUCUAAAUUUUGCACAUGGAAAUACAUGGCUAGGCUCUGAGCUGUCCAGUGGUUUUUGAACUCUGUGUGAUACUCUAUCAAUAAAGUACUUACUACACUUCA